AUGUUUGCUGGCUCUUGCAUCGGUGCACUCCUCCUCGUCAUAAUCUUGGAGGCCCUUCGUCGCCUAGGUCGCGUAUACGACGCCUUUAUCUUGCGUCGUGCUCGAAUCCGUUACCUCUACCUGUCUGGCACCUCUUCUUCCACCGAUGCUCACUCCCGAAAGACCAAGGUGCAGCGCAAAACAGCUUUCACUAAAAGAGCCCCAAAGAAGCAAACCGAUCGCAAUGAAAAACCCUCGCCCUACGACGAUGUUAUCACACCAGUUACUGAUCUGUCUCGGAAAAAAAGUACACCGAGAGAUGAUCAUGCACCUGGUCCAUCUCAUACAUCUUCUGAGACAAACGGUGACGCUCAAAAGCGUGAAGUCCGCCACUUUGGACCGUACCGCCCGUCACCGGUUGAACAGACCGUUCGGGCUCUGUUUCACAUGGUGCAGUUUGCCGUUGCGUACUUCGUCAUGCUGCUCGCUAUGUACUACAAUGGGUACAUUAUCAUAUGCAUCUUCCUAGGUGCAUUCAUUGGAUCUUUUAUCUUUUCUUGGGAGGCCGUGUCUAUGAAUAAAGAGUAA